UUCCUCAGAAAUAAAUUUCAUAGCUUUUUUCCUCCUAAAUUCUUAUUGACUGAAAUUUGAACAGCAACAUCAACAAAAAUUUGCAACUUCCCCUCCGAGCGAACACUAUUCAGUAACAAUUGGCACCAAUUUGUACGAGCAGCAGCAUAGUGAACACAACAAAUGUGGGGAUGUUUUAUUCCAUGUUUUUUCAAGUGAUUUGUUUGUGUAUUUUGCAUGCUGCUUGCUAGCAGAGAUCUGCACUAAUGUUGCUGGUGUCAAAUUAGAAAUUUAAAGAAUAUUUUUUUAAAACACGUCUUUAAAAAUAAUUAAAACAAUUUGUGUACAAAUGCGUGAUUUGUAUAAAACGUUGAAAUUGUUUGAGGAAGAAUACGCUAUGGACUAUUGUGAGGAAUUCGACGAAGUCAAAUCGGUUUUGGUUUACUGCAACAAGCAUGUUAAACCAUUUUCAAAGGUGCAUUUUCGUGGAGGUAAUGAUUUAUUUAUAAAUGAACUCGUUCGCCGCUUGCAACAAAUGUUAAUUGAACGAGAACUGGUUGAUUCAGAACACAAUGAGCCCUUUCCUAAAGCUCACCAAAAACUGCGUAAAAUAUUAAUGUUCUUGUUUGCCAAUACAGAUGCCACAUACAAAUAUAAUUUACGCGAAGAUCCCACAUUUGCGCAUGUAUUGGAACAAUGUCCAUUACUGCCAAAAUUCUUGUUAGUAACACUCGUUUGGGAGUUGCACCUAGAUCAAUUUUUCUAUGAAGCACUCUCGUAUACUCCUUGCUGGUUCGCUUUUCAAUACUUUGAAACUGCAGCCGAUACAAUGAAAUACAUUGACGAUCCAUAUGCAGUAUUGGAAAAAGUUGAGGCCCUCAUGCAUUCGUUAUUAAUUUGUGUGUCUCGAUCAGAGUUUCGCAAAAUCGACAUGGUGGACAGGAAAAUCAUCUAUAAUAAAUUGUAUGACUACAGCAUGAAUCUACUGCGACAAUUCUAUACUCCCGAUUCCGAAAAGUUUAAGCAGUUCACAAAAUUGCAAUUUUUUCGCUACUCUGGCUAUGCAUUGAAGCACUUACUUCAGAUGACACUAUUUGCUUUUGAUUUAUUUGAGUACCCAGAGAAAGCUAAGCCUGAUGUUGACGUAGAUAUAUAUGAAAUUUGUCAGGAGAUAUGUCCAAAGAUGCUUGUUGAUGAAACAUCUCGACCAUCGGACGCUCUGAAGGAACAACAAUUAAAGAUUAUUAAAUCACUGCUUAACUCUUUACAAUACAAUGUAAUGUUGGUGAAAAUUGAUGUUUUUAUGUAUUGGGUUGAGGUUGACAUAAAUCCUACAACAACGCUUCAGCUAGUAAUUGGUGAAAUGAUUUAUAAAGUCGGUGAGCGAAUGCGCGCCAAUCAUCUCUUUGGGCACGACGUUGCAGCCCAAUUACACCUGCUAGCUAUAAAACCAAAAACAUUAGAAGAAACUAUAGAGAGUGCAACCUUGGGAGAUAUUCUACGUAACUUGGAUGAAAAAUUUCCACAGCACAUUAAGAAAAAAUGGUUCGAUGAACUGUUUGGCCGCACAAUUGCACUCGGAAAUGAGGAAUGUCUAGAAGCCAUUAAAGAAAACAUUAAGCUAAUAACACCGGAAAAUUGCCAGCAGGCACUUCACUUCAUCAAGCAAUCAUCUAAGCUUUCACAAAUGGAGGACAAUGAAAAUGAAGUAGAGGGCGAAGGAGAGAAUCUGGAAAAUAUGCUUAUAGAUCCUACGGAUUAUGAAACAUUAACAUCACUCAUAAUUUUAGGUAUACAAAACUUCAAAGCUGAAGACAUACUACAGUUAUUGUCAUAUCAAACCAAAGAAUUUGGGAAAGACACUUGUAUUUGUGUUCAGGAGGACUACCAACGACGUGCUACUGAGUUUCUCAACAAAUAUGUUACAUCUUUCGACUUUCAUCAGUUCCUUGUACUGUGCUUCGAGCAUCCAGCUCAAAUGUGGGCCAAAUUCUUUGAAUGUGCUUGUCACAAUUUGGAUCAUGUGCGGAAUUUUUGCAUGACUGUGCAGCAAUCACGUCCAUUUUCGAAUAUAUACUUUGAUCAAUUGCUGGAAAAUGCAAUGCAUGAUUCGGAAAAGCUAGAGCAAAAAUAUUUUCCCGAACUCUUAUGUGAAAUAUAUUUUGUAUUGUAUCAUCCAACGCGCAAAACGGAAUUUUUGAAACAAUUCAUGAAUAAGAAUGUAAAUACAAUGUUGGAAACUCAAAGCUUUGCUCAUUUGCUGCCUAUCGUAAAAGCAUUGAAUUUAAUUGCAACCCGCGGUGAAACGCAAUCAAACAAGCCGUUGUCGUUUGGUGAAGUUACGGCGCCUGUUUUACUGAUGGCAGCACAAAUUAUGGACAAGACACGUUGGGAUCUUAUUACUUACACAGAUGAACGUGACGAGGUGGUGCGUGAAUGUAUAAAAUUUAUUCAAUAUACAUCCAAACGAUUUCUACCUAUUGCAACGGAAAAAGAUCGAAAAUGGAUUACCAAGGUCAUUAAAGAUUCAUAUCGUCCUAUAACGCAGUAUUACUUUCAAAAAUUCUCACAAACUCCAGACCAACCAGCUGUAGACUUUGAUCGUUUUCUCAUACGUUUGGAAAUAGAAGACAAAUCCGAAGCUGAAAUGUUCCUUAUUAUUAAUUACGUACGUUGCACUAUGAAAGAGACAGAAUGGCUGGCCCGUAGUGAACGACUCUUACCGCAUAUUUCCGAUGUGAUGAUUAUUUUAAGUGGAGUUGUUGUUGAAACGGAUAAUCCAAAUGCGAUCAAUAAUUAUCGUCAUUGCCUUAUAAAUUAUGCCAACAUUGUAUUGAAAUUUGUACUGCCACCGUUAAAAAAUGAAACGAAACGAAUUGAAAAACUAAUGCUCAAAGUUUUGAAAAUUAUCGAAUCCGCUCCACCACAAUUAUAUGAAGAAGUUUUCGUUAGUUUUACAUCAUUAUUACUUGAUAUCAUGCGCUGUUGCGCUCAUCCAUUGAAAGACGAUGAGAGUAUAACGAAAUCGGUGCGAAAACAUGUUGGAAACAUGAAAGACUGUCAAGGCAAAGAAAUAUUUUUGGAAAAAUUCCAAGCAUUAGUGACUGAAUUGCUGAGAUAAUUGUGCUGCACAAUAUUUUUCUAAAGCUAACUGGAUUAAUUUAAUUGUUAUUAAAUAAUUUUAAGUUUUUUAUACUGAACUAAAUUUCGUUAUAGAACCGAGAAUACAAAUUUAUGUUAAUUGAAUGGGAUUUCUUUAAUAAAGAUUAA